UCCAUCUUCUUAAUCUAAAUCAUCAAUUUUCUUCUAACAGGUGCAUCGUUCUUUGGUGCAUCAUUAAGAAGUAAUUGCAUUAAUUGAGCAGAUACAGUGUUCGAGAACUCAAGAAUGUCGGUGUCAAUUAGAAGAACUUUCCUCUAUAGACGUACGUGCGAGAUCCGUUAUUCUACUCUAAUAUCAUCUUUUUAAAACACGUCUCAAAUAUGACGGUGCACGCUGCUCUGCAGGCUUUAACACCGAUGUACAACGAUGCCAUGAACCAAUAGCGUCCUCCUGUGCAGCCAUACGCGGGAUCUUUGCACCACAGAUGAAAACAAACCAGUCUUUUUCGGCACAUUCCUACAGAGGAUCCCCCCUCUGUCCGCGCGUGUUUGGCUUCUUUCUGCAAAUGUAUGGUGAUGCUGUCUGUCUUUCUUCGUUAACCAAUGCUUCAGUCGUGUGCGCUGCUUCUUGCAGCAGCUGAAUUGUGCCAUAAGUCCCGCGGGGGUGCGCACUGAAAGCGACGUCCGCGCUUCCAAAGCAUUGCUGACGUUGCCGAAUGAUGGGAAUCUGCAGCAGUCAUAAUAUGAAAGCGUGAUGAAUGGCUAAUGGACUUGAGUCAUCUUUAUCAGACUGGUUAUCUACGCCUAUAAAUAUUGAAGUGUGAGCAUUUGCAGCCUGUCAGGUCACCCAACCUGAAAGGUGACACCUGAGCUUUACACCGGGGCUAUUUUUUCCUGGAGCGGUUUGCCUGCUUUCUCAUACUGUACUGUGCAAGGUGUGUGUGUGUGUGUGUAAAUAUAUAUAUAUAGUGCGGAAAUGUUAAAGGUUUGCUUAAGAGAUGGUGUAUCCUUUCCAAGAACUUUAUAUUCCAUUCCAUUUAUCACAAUGUGCUUCAGUGUUUGUUUUAAUUUUAUAAUUACAUUCAUUGUUUGCUAUUUUAAUGCAUCCUGUUGUGUGUAGCCCCUACAGUGUAAAAUGUAAAAUCAAAAGCUGAAAUUUUCAUUUAUUAAUAAAUGCAGGUUAUAGUAGUAACCUACUUUAAGAAGUCUUUCAAAUUCUUCCUUGUUUUAAGCACAGUUCAUGUACUUCUAACCACUUCUAACUCUUGGUUAUUUGUCUGCCCUAAGUGAUUCCCCAGCCUAACAUACUGUAUAGCUAAUAUGUUAGCCUUCUGAAUUCGACUUUUGGUUAUUCUUGGGUGUAUUUUUUAAAAUGAGCUUGGUCGCUUUAAUUCAGUCCAGUCGAUGUAGACAUUAAGCUUACCGUAGCGGAUCUCUGAGAAAACCUUAGCCUCGUCUCUGAUAAAUGGGAGAGUUGUGUAAUGAAGGGCAUCAGAGUAAAACCAAGUCACAUAUGUGAACUAUCUGCUGUGGGAGACCUUCAAAAAAAUGUGCAGCUGAGAGUCAUUUAACUGUUUUGCGUAGUUUUCUAAUCCUCACGUUGGGUUGCUUCUUGAAGUGGUGGAGUAAAGGGUGGGGGAACAUUUCUGUCUAUUUGAAGAGGUUGGAAGUUGUGCAGACCUGGCCAGAGGCCAGAUUAAGGCUUGUCAAAGGUAGCACUGCGCUUUGAUCUCUGUUCCUUGGAUAAGUUAAGGUCCUUUGAUAUUUUCUCCUACCUGUCCGGAAAGUCCAACACUAAAAAGAAGAGGCAAAUGGUAGAUGAGGAGGCAGUGAUGCAACGUCACACAUGACAAAUGCUGCCAAACACCACAGAGGAUCAGUAAUUCAGAGAGAGCAAGAUGGCGAGCAAGAUGGCCAUGAAGCACUGGAGACGACUACAACAAAUAGUCAAAGAUGUCAAGAAGGACGUUUUAAAGACAAUAGACCCAGCAUCCAUGCCGGAGCGGCGGAGCCCGCAGGGAGUCCUGUACACGGACCUCCAGCACAUUGUCAACGCCGACGGACUGCACCUGUUCUGCCGCUACUGGGAGCCUGUGGAGCCGCCAAGGGCUCUGGUGUUUAUCGUCCAUGGCACCGGGGAGCAUUCUGGGCCGUAUGAUGAGAUUGCACAAAAACUGAGGGACCAGUCUUUGCUGGUAUUUGCACACGACCACGUGGGCCACGGUCAAAGUGAAGGAGAAAGAAUGAACGUCAAAGACUUCCAGGUUUACAUCAGAGACUCACUGCAGCACAUUGACCUGAUGAAGUCCCGUCACCCAGACCUACCAGUCUUCAUUCUAGGUCACUCCAUGGGCGGCGCCGUGGCCAUCCUCACAGCCUGUGAAAGGCCCAGUGAUUUUGCUGGCGUGGUUCUGAUCGCACCGAUGAUCAAAAUGAACCCAGAAUCUGCAACGCCGUUCAAAGUUUUUCUGGCUAAGGUCCUGAACCACGUGCUGCCCAGACUCCCUCUGGGCAGCAUCAAUUCCAAAUGGGUUUCCCGGGACAAGUCAAAGGUGGAGGCCUAUGACGCAGACGACCUGAACCACCACGGUGGGGUCAGGGUGUCGUUCGGGUGGCAGCUGAUGGGGGCUGCGGCUCGCAUAGAGAAGGAAAUCCCGACCAUCAGCUGGCCGUUCUUUCUCCUGCACGGUGACGCCGACAAACUCUGUGACAUCAGAGGUUCUAAGAUCAUGUUUGACAAGGCUCCAAGUCCAGACAAGAAGAUCAAGAUCUAUGAGGGAGGCUACCACGCCCUCCAUCUGGACCUGCCCGACGUGGCCCAGUCCGUGCUGAAGGAAGUGUCGGCCUGGAUCACAGAGCACCUGCCCCUGAACUAACCACUACCACAACAACCUGGCUCUUUGACUGUAAAUGUGGAUUUUUCAUUCUAAGCUUUUAACAGACUCUAACUGUUCUGACUCUGGCCACAUUAGUUCGAUUAUUCCACCUCUGCUGUAGGCCGCCUGUCCAUCGGCCCAGUGUUUCCAGGACAGGAACCCAUUUUUAAUUGUAACUUUAAAACGUUUUACCUUUUUUUUUUCUUGUAGAUACUCCACAGCAGUGCAGUUGGUCUGUGGAGCAUUUUUAACUGAUUGUCCGAUUCCCUGUCUUGAUCAUUCCUCUCAUGGUCUCUGAAGUGAAGUUUAGAGUCUAAUCCUAAGUGCAAUAAUGAGGACGGUUUUAAAUUUGUUUCCUUUGACUGGAUCCAGCAUUCACAGACAGGUCAAAGGUCAGGAUACAGGUUAACCCCUGGUUGAAGGUUGAUCAUCUACCUUCUGAAACUGCAGCACUGUCUUCACAGAGCUCGUAACAAUAGAAAACAUUAGUGUUUUGUGAUUUAUUCCUUAUGCGUGUUGGAUUUAAAAUAAUAUAAAAACUAAUAUUUCUGUUUGUACAAAAACAACAAAUAUAAACAUUCCUGUUUUUAUCUAAUUAGGGUCAAUAUUCACCAGAUGUCAGGAGUUUUGGACUGAUUUAAACGAACACAAUGGCCUCUUAGAUCAUUGACUGAAUUCAGUGACGACAAACUAAAUGAGUAGAACUGUUUGCCGUCCCUCUCUCCCUACCUCUCUUUGAGUGGGAAAGGUCAAAAGGUCAAACGUGUAGAGGUUCCCUCCUCCUCCUCUGUGGCCUUUGACCUUCAAAAGUGACCAUUGAGCUCAGUGAUCCGUGUUGAAACGGUAACUUCAUUAGAGUCGGGCUGCAGUACAGCUGGGAAAACUGCUGUUCAUUUAGUAUUUAAUCAGUUUCUGCUAAAGUCAUUACACAGUGGGAUCCAGCUGCUCCCACAGAACAAGGACACAGUCAAAACACAGCUAUUACAGAAGAGAGAAAAGUUCCAGAACUGUUUGCACCUAAUCACAACACUAAUGGAGGGAAAUGGUCAAGUUUAAACUGGCACCAGGAAGAAGCAAAUGUUUGCCAAGAUUCUGGAUUUUUUUUAAUGGAAAUACUCAAACUUGUUGAAAUGGAAUAUCCACACCUCAGGACACUUACGUUUAUCAACAGUAGAGCAUAUAUAUAUAUAAGAGGUGGACAGCCAUCAGUGAAGCUGUGAAAAAGGCAGAAAGAGGCUUGACUGGAUUUGUUAAAGGUUUUCUAAUUCCUGUUUAUAGAUUUAUUUUAACUCUGGUUGGAUGUGUCAUCUUUAUUUUUUUAUUUUUUUCCCCAAAUUUAAUCAGGAUUUUUUAAAAUCACUGGCGUGAUUUGUCCCCCUCAGAUGUUCACUAACUUCACAAACUAACGGCCUCUCAGUGUUUUUCCUGGGCCUCUUCAUGCAGCCUUACUGUGGGGCGUGUUGUAUCCCAGCAUCAGGAACGGGGCAAACGAACCACUGAAUCUCACUAACAACGGGAAGAUAAGCUAACAGUGAUUCAGAACUGGCUUCAAAUGGUCUCUUUUUUCAACCACAGCAAUAAAAGAAACGCUGAAAAGCUGAUAAUUAUAAGCUACACAGACUCACUGUGUGUUUUCCAGAUGACUGUAAUUAGCAUGGAUUAUAGUGCAUGCUGAAGUUUUCCUCUUCACUCGCAGCACAGGUCAUGAGGUUUUGUUUCUGUAGCCUGGGAACGUGACAAUAGAUUCUGACGGUCGUGGUUGAUCCUGCAUGACAGCCGACAUGUGCUAUUGAUUCAGUGAGAGUUUCAGUUCCUCUCACAGUGUCCACAGAGGCAGUCUAUUUUCAGUCUGUAACUGACUUGGUCCCUCUGUCCUCUCUGUCCCUCAGCUGUGUCCAUCAGUCUCUGGUCCUUUUUGUCUGUUGUCCUGUGGAUUGCUCAUGGUUUGGUCCAUCACUGAGGCCUUUGUGCUGCUAAUGAGUCAAGCAUUUACUGUCUGCUGAGUUCACUCCUGUCCAUGACCAUCAGAGCAGCAAAAGGUCAAACUGCCAUCCUUAAUGGAUGUUUCUGUUUGGGAAUUUAGCGCCAUCUAGUUAAACAGGAAACACGUGACCUUAGUUUGGAAAAGGCUCAGCUUGAAAUAUUGUUCAGAAGUGAAAAUAAAAGUGAUGUUAUGAAGGUGUAUAAGUGAAAUGAGGUCAUUUGUAGAAAUGCAAAUAUUAUGUGGUCUCAACUAGAGGAUUCAGGCCCAUAAAUAGUUUAGAGUUAACAAAACUAAAUUAUAUUCAUAAAUGUUCUCUUUUUUUAUUUAAAAGAUAAUUUUGGUCAGAAAGUUGGCUGUGGAGACUUAGUAUCAUAACUGUGUUUUACUACAUUUUAGACCAUUGAUGCUAGCGUUAGCUUAAAGCUGUUGUGCUUGGCUUGACCUUUUUGUUGAGAUUAAUUUGGAUUUUUUAGCAAAUAGCAUUGCAGAUUAGGGCCACUUUAAUCCAGCUCAGCCUGGAGUUUAUUCGGCCCCUUUAAAAGCUCUUCAAUGACCUACAUUUUGUCUGUGGGGGGGCUGAGGGGACUUUGGGCAAUGUAUGCCACCGACACAGAAAGUCUCUUAUUUGGGUCAGAUUAGUUUUCUUCAUUAACAUUGCAGAGCUGGGGUCAGCUAGCUGCUGGGGUCUGGGAUUCAAAAUCAAAGUUCAAAGUUGUACUCCAUCAGUGGGUCCAGUGAACGGGCCAUUCUGUGCCGUGAACAGUUCUGCUCACUGGGACUGUCAGAAUCACAGCAUCCCGUUACAAAAGCAGCAGUUACCGUAUGAAGACGCUGCUCUCGCUCGUCAGACAGAUUGACAGAUCAGGUGCAGCACAGAUGGAGAUGUAAACGAUUCCUCACAGACACACACACAGCAGACACAGCGACGCCGUCCCACUUGUUUUUCAUUUUCCUUACGGUAUUCUGUCUGCUCUGUGGGAGACUUAACCUCACAGGAGCUCAGUAAUCCCACCUGUCAGACUGAACGACUGCUCCACACUGAGGUCUGGAGGCGGUGGAGGAGGAGAGAGAGGAGAAGAGAGUGAUUAACAGACAGGAGAGUGACUGUCCGUAACUAUGGCAGCAGCAUUUCUAGGUAUAAACCUGUGGAGACGGUGUAUUAGUUAAUGGUUGUGCGUGAACAGCGGCAGCUGCUGCUCUUCUAAGGGCUGCUUGACCAUUUCCUGUCAAACAAUUUUUUUACUCCUUUUUCUGUUUUAUCGCAUCCAUUCUGGCCCAAUUUAUUUAUUUUUUUUAUUUCACUCUUCACCUGCCUCAAAGGUGAGAACAAGUUACCCAUCAUGUAAAGCCAUAUUUUCACAUUUCCUGACAGCAUGAAAUUAUAGUUUUAUUAUUAUUGUUCAUGUGCAUGAUGAUUUGAAGCCAUGUGCAGAUUCUUUGUCAGUAUAUCUAGGACAGGAUUACUUUAUUGACUUAAACCGAGGAAAAUGAAGGGCAGCAAACCACUGAGUCUAAUUGAAUCUAAGUUUUUUUUUCCUUCUUCGUUUUUUAAAAAGUGCUUUAGGUAAUUUCCUCGUCUGAUUUUGUAAUUUUGACUUUGUGACUGUUUCUGAAUUAAGCGCCGUUACAGUUCUAAGGUCAGAGGUUAACAGUCCUGUCCACAAUGCUACAAUAAAUUUUUAAAAAAGCAAAGGGUUUAAACAAACUUUGAUAACAACUUUUAAUCAACCUUGUGGUCUGGUUUCUUUUUAGUUGUUGUACUGCUUGAACACACUUGUAACAAUACCACAGCAUUGCUACUGACACGAUGGAAAUACUGUAUAUGUGAAAUAUUUUAUUUAUCUUGUUCAGAGUAUUUAUAGGAAUUAAUAUGGACUAUAGGCUACUGAGGCACUUUGAUACCGUAAACCAGGCCCGCGUGUCUUUAUUUUUUUUGAGCUGUUAACAAUUUCUAAGAAGUAAAAUGGUAUGAGUCUGUAUUCAUUUUAUAUCUGUCAUCCCCCUGAAAAAAAUGUUUCUGAUUUGAGGAUUUACAGACAGAAAAAUGUAUGUUACUACUGUGCAUUUGGCUGUUGAAGUAAAAACUUGUUUGUACUAGAACAAUGAAUGUAUGGAUAACAUCAGUUUUUAAUUCUUUUUUUUUUUUUUUUUGCUGCAGGUUAUCAGGGUGUACAUGUUGGUUUAGUCAAUACACAUUAUGUUUAAAGACUAAAUGACAGUUUUCAGGUGUCCCUACAGCAGCUUUAUUUUAAAAACAGGCUCUGAUUCACACCAUUUCAGUUGAGGAACAAAUUUAAUAUUACAAAUAUUGAAUUACAUAUUUCUGUUAAAUGUUGUUUGUGCCUUAUUCGUGUGUCGGGACCUGAUUUUAUGAGAAUUUGUGUACGCAGGAUGGUGGCUGUGACUGGAUCUGUGUAUUACAUAUCACUGUUGUUUUUGUGUGUCUGUUUGUGUUUCUAAAUCAAUGGUCUGAGCAUGUUUGGGUUAAAAGUAUGUUUGUUUAUAAUUUGUGAUUUAUUGACUUGCGCACGUUUUGCAGAAACACUUUUCUCUGUGGUUUUUGCAGCAUUUCCUAUCAAUUAACACCAGAUAUAGAUAUGACUUUGACUGUCCUUUAUUGUUAAUGUUGUAUUAAAUAAAUGUCUUUCGUUAUUUCAAAUUGUUUUGACAAGAAGUUUUUGCAAAGAGAAGGGUGAUUUUCAAACGUUUUAGUCAAUGUAAAAGUUUCAAUUUGUCAUUAGUAACGUAUUUAUUUUCAAAGAAACAAUCAAAUGCAAAAAGAAAGAAAUCUUAAAAUUUACAGUGAGACAAUGGUAAGGCUUACAUUUUUUAACAUUUUAUCUUUUUUGUUUUUUGAAUGUUUAAUUCAAAGAGAGACUGGAAAUACCAUAAAUAAAAUACUGACAUUAAAGCAGGUGUUAUAUUUUGACCCCUUAUGUGUCAAAAUUUUGAUAAGAGAAAUAAGAGAAAAACAGACAUAAUAUGAGCAAUGAAAUAUUAUGAAUAACAAAUACAGUGUGAUCUUGUGUAAAAAAUAUUGUAUAUAAUAACAUUAAAAUGGAAGUAAUAAUGAUGAACUGCUUGUUACAAGAGUGAUAUUGUCAUUACUCCCUGACAGAAUAAACUACAUGACUGUUCAAA